ACAUUCCAAUCGAAAUGAAGCGGUACUCAAAUAUUCUUCUUCAUUUUUCUUGGACAACCAUGCAACCGCUAUGAAUCUAUCUGAAUUUGGGAUCGAGAAUAUGAAAAGGCUAAAAUUUUGCUUGUUGGCAGAGUGUAAUAAGAUGGAAACCCUUAUUGAUGGAGAGAUGCAUGACGAAAGAAAUGAAGAUGAUCAAUCUGAAUCUGACGCUGGUUCUGCAGAGCAUGUGCUUGAAUCUCUAGAAUAUUUGAGCAGUUAUUACAUGAAGAAUUUAUGGAGUAUUUGGAGAGGACCAAAUCGUUGUGGAUGUAUGUCCAGGUUGAAAUUCCUCGCGCUGCAUGCAUGCCCCCAACUGAGACAUAUUUUCUCUCAUACUUUGAUUGAAAAUUUUGUCAACUUGGAGGAGAUUAUUGUUGAGGACUGCCCCCAAGUCACCGGUCUGGUAAGCCAUGCAUCUGUCAAGCCAAAGAUGUGAAAUAAAUUUCUCCCUAGUUUGAAAAGAUUGCUGCUUCUUUACCUUCCUGGACUG